AUGGAUAGCGCACAAGGAACAGAGCGUGCUCCGAAAUGUUUUCAGCACCACGGAGAGAGCAAUCGGAAGCUUUCCUCCACCAUCAAUGUUCCAGGGGAAUUGGGCGGGCUCAUUACAAUGAAGUCAAUGAAGAGCGGAUGCCAUGGAAACCAAAGAGGAGCCGAGUCAAGGUCUCUCCGUCUCCAGGUUUUCCAGAGAGCAGUGUACUUCUCAAAGAAAACGGGGGUUUACGAGACGCUGACAAUUAACUUUCGGAUUCCCAUGUUUGACUCCCUUUCCUGA